GAUGGAGCCUUCACCGGCAAAGGGGAAACCGCAGGGUCGCCUAUUGGUGUCCACGACUCUGGACGCAAAAGAUGAGCUGGAGGAGCGCUUGGAGAGGUGUGUGGGGAUCGUCACCUCAUUGACAAAUGGCCUGUCAGAGCGUGAGGCCAACGAUGCCAUCACAGCCAAUGUGUGUAAGGGCCCCCAGCAGCACGAGGAGGUGUGUCUGGGACUCUUUGCUCUGCUGCUCACCGAGCCUCCACAGGCACAGAGGUGCUACAGAGACCUCACCCUGGUGAAUAGGGACGGCAUGAACGUGAUCCUGAUCAAGAUCAACCAGAUCCUCAUGGAAAAGUUCCUCAAGCUGCAGGACGUGUGCCGCACACAGUUGGUGUGGUUGGUGAGGGAGCUGGUGAAGAGUGGCGUGAUCGGCGCGGACGGCGUCCUCAUGACCCUUAUGAAGCAGAUCGCAGGAGGAGACAUCACCAGUAAGAACCUGUGGCUGGCUGAGAAUGUUCUGGACAUACUGCUGGAUCAAAGGGAGUGGGUGCUGAAGAGUGGCAUGCUGAUAGCCAUGUCCGUGUACACCUACCUGCGCCUCAUCGUGGACCACGGCACCCCGGCACUGCUGGUCCUCAGACAGAAGGAGGUGGACUUGUGUAUCGGCCUGCUCCGAGAGAAGUUUAUGGAGUGUUUUAUCAUUGGGAGAGACCUGGUGCGUCUGCUGCAGAUCGUGGCCCGGAUCCCGGAGAUGGAGCUACUGUGGAAAGAUCUGCUCCACAACCCCCAGGCCCUCAGCCCUCAGUUCACUGGUAAGGGUUUGCUGCAGCUCCUGACCGCUCGCACAUCCCGCAAGUUCCUGGCUUGUCGCCUCACACCAGACAUGGAGACCAAGCUGCUCUUCAUGACCUCCAGGGUGCGUUUUGGCCAGCAGAAGCGCUACCAGGACUGGUUCCAGAGACAGUACCUGUCCACGGCAGAGAGCCAGUCGCUGCGCUGCGACCUGAUUCGCUACAUCUGCGGCGUGGUGCACCCAUCCAAUGAUGUGCUGAGCUCUGACAUCCUGCCCCGCUGGGCUAUCAUUGGCUGGCUGCUCACCACCUGCACGUCUAACGUGGCGGCCUCGAACGCCAAGCUUGCCCUGUUCUACGACUGGCUCUUCUUCAGCCCAGAGAAGGACAGCAUCAUGAACAUAGAGCCGGCCAUCUUAGUGAUGCACCACUCCAUGAAGCCUCAUCCAGCCAUCACUGCCACUCUCCUGGACUUCAUGUGUCGGAUCAUCCCUCACUUUUUCCCCCCUCUGGAGGGGCAGGUGCGGCAGGGUGUCUUCAACUCUCUCACCUUCAUCAUGGAGAAAAGAGUGCUGGCUCAUCUAGCUCCUCUGUUUGACAACCCCAAACUGGACCGGGAGCUGCGCUCCAUGCUGAGGGAACGCUUCGCAGAGUUCUGCAGUUCCCCCUCACCCCCCACCGAGGGAAGGGAUGAAGGUGCAAAUGAAAUGAAAAUGGAGGAGUCUGUUUCCUUGGAGAUGGACAAUCAUGUUCUGCUUGACAAGGAGGAUGGUUGCUACGACAACACGGAGGCUGCCUUCAGCGACGAUGAGGAGGAGGUUAACAACAAGGGUGAGGGCAAUAAAAAGCGUGAGUUCAGAUUCCACCCAAUCAAAGAGGCCAUUAUUGAGGAGCCCGCUGACAUCACUCCCUACGUGGAUCAGUUGGACGACACGAUGAAGGAGAAGGUGUUGCAGUUACAGAAAGGAAGUGACACAGAGGCACAUUGUGAAGUCAUGCAGGAGAUAGUGGAUCUGAUCCUGGAGGAGGACUUUGACUCAGAGCAGAUGUCCACUCUGGCCUCCUGUCUGGCUGAGCUCUUCAAGGGCCACUUCAGAGGAGACGUACUGCCUGACGACAUCACAGAAGAGUCGCUGGAGGAGUCUGUGUGUAAGCCUGUGUGCCUGGUGUUCAGGAACCUGUGUCAGAUGCAGGAGGACAACAGUGGCUUCUCAGUGCUGUUGGAGAUGCUGGCGGAGCUCUACCAGAAACAGCCCAAGAUCGGCUAUCACCUGCUUUACUACCUCAAGGCCAGUAAAGCAGCGAUGGGGAAGAUGAGUCUGUACGAGUCGUUUGCCCAGGCCACAGCGCUAGGAGACCUGCACACCUGUCUCAUGAUGGACAUGAAGGCCUGCCAGGAGGACGACAUCAGGCUGCUCUGCUAUCUCACACCAUCCAUCUACACUGAGUUCCCAGAUGAGACAUUGCGCAGUGGAGAGCUACUCAACAUGAUUGUAGCAGUCAUCGAUUCAACACAGCUUCAGGAGCUGAUGUGUCACGUGAUGAUUGGCAAUCUGGUGAUGUUCCGCAAGGACUCUGUCCUCAAUAUCCUCAUCCAGUCUCUGGAAUGGGAGACGUUUGAGCAGUACAGUGCCUGGCAGCUCUUCCUGGCCCACAGCAUUCCACUGGAGACCAUUAUCCCCAUCCUGCAGCACCUCAAGUACAAAGAACACCCAGAAGCACUCUCCUGUUUGCUGUUGCAACUACGCAGGGAAAAACCCAGUGGUGAGAUGGUGAAGAUGGUGCUGAGUCGGCCCUGCCACCCGGAGGACCAGUUCACCACCAGUAUCCUGCGCCACUGGGCGGCCAAGCACGACGACGUCCUGGGGGAACACAUCAAGGCCCUGCUCAUCAAGAACAACAACAUGCCACGCAAACGCCAGAGUCUGCGCAGCUCCAGCAGUAAACUGGCCCAGCUGACCCUGGAACAGAUCCUGGAGCACAUGGACAACCUGAGGCUCAACCUCAGCAACACCAAGAACAGCUUCUUCACACAGACGCCCAUCCUGCAGGCACUGCAGCAUGUCCAGGCCAGCUGUGACGAGGCCCACAAGAUGAGAUUCAGCGACCUCUUUUCAUUGGCCGAGGAGUACGAAGAGCCCUCCUCCAAGCCUCCCAAGUCACGGCGCAAGGCCCCCGCCUCCUCCCCGCGGUCGCGUAAGGGAGCGGCCACCCCUGUGAGCAACGAGGAAGAGAGCGCGUCUAGCAGUGCCUCGGAGGAAGAGGACUCCAAACCCAAAGCCCCCAAGAGGAAGAGGAAAGGCUCAUCUGCGGUGGCCUCGGACAGCGACUGACAGCCCCACAACCAACCCGCUCCCACCUGCACAUAGUGACAUCCCUGUAGACAGGACCGUCAGCCAACCAGCUUCUCCAAACCACUGAGGAAACCCCGCCCCCAGAGACACUCAACAAGAGGGGUCGGGGCUCCUCCGCGUGGACUCUUGUGCUACUGGCCGGAGCCAUGGAGACACUCGACCUCACCUCUCACUGGUCAUUGGCUGCUUUGUGUCAGUUGGUCUGGCUGGAUUGGUCAGGGGGAGCAUUCCGAGGGGAAAUGCCAGUCGCUGUGGCACAGACUGACAGAAGUACUGUUACGAGAGGGAUAUCUAUAUCCUUGAGGAAAUGAUUACAUGACUAGACUGGAUGUCUGGCGGGUAAAUGUGUUGCUCUAUUGUCACUUAGUUGUCCGCCUAUCACACUGCACUUAGAGACAUCAGACAAAGCAUUUUAUAAGCCGUGACCAUGAUGACCGACCAACCAGCAAGACCAUCCAAUCCAGGCAAUUUUAACAGAGGCACAUGUGAAAGGUUUAGGUGAUUCCUACCGUUUUGAGGGGGGGGGGGGGGUGCGAGAGUUGUUGAAGUGAGGAGAAAUAGUCACCCAUGUCCCAAUCCCAACCCCAUAGAGAAAAAUGUUCCGCCCCACAUCUGAAAAACUCAACGCUUGGUUGAUUAACAUGCCUGUCCCUGUUCACCCUUCAUUUCUGAUUGGCAAGAAGCGAGACCAUGGACACACGCUCUCAUUGGAUCAUUUGAACCACAGAUGGUUGGACUGUAUGCGAGGUCAGAAAUAAAGACUGUAUGAAUGGAGGAGACAGAUGUAGUUGCUGAACUUUUUAAUGGAAAUGUCUUUCUACUGAACUAUUUUCAUAAAAAAGAUCAUAACUAUGUUAAAUGAUUAUGAUAUUAAUAAAAAAAAGGGCUACAAAAAAAAAGAACCAAGUGGUGGAAGCAUAGUCUUAUGUGUUUGACAUUAGAGUUUGAAUGUUGCGCGUCGAUUCGGGCUUAUGGUUGUGAUUUGACACGCUGAAGCACAGCUCACACAAGUCAAUUGUUGUUGUAACACUACCCAGAACAGAGAGGGACUGUCAAAGAGUACAGCAAAGAGCUUCUGCCGCUGCAAUAAAUGAGUAGCCAAGUGUAUCGAUAGCUAUGGGGUUUUAUUCUUCUUAGCAGCUCCUUGUCUCUAUUUUAAUUUAGAGUAAUAUUUUGUUUUCUCUGGUCAUAGUAACAACAUGAAUUUGUGCAUGUGGCAGAUGCGGUGGGGACUCGACUUUCACCAUCAGCUGGAAGACUGUCCCAUCUCUCUGUUCACUCUAACCGGAGGAAAGUAAGGAGAGAGCAAGGACCGUGAGAGGCAGACCCUCUGCUGCUUUCUUUCCCUCCUCUGAGACUAAUGCCAUGUUCAAAACAACUGGGGAAAUCUCAGACUUACGACUUCACAACUGGUAACUCGGGGGGCGGUACGAGAUGCGACUGGGAAAAACCGCUUUAAACGGUCAUCCAACUCUGAAUUCCAAAUCGUAAACUCUGGCAUCUGUCUGGAGCUCCGACUUUCCGACCUGAAUAUGACGUCAUUAGACCUCGUUUUCUUUCGAAUCCAGAGUUGUUUUGAAAGCAUGCAGGUACCAUCAGUCCAGUCAAUUUAUGCUCAGCUGUGCCUCGCAAGUGCUGCACCAACGGAUCUAUUUCGUUAUCAAAGGUAGAGUUUUGGAAUAUGAUGUCUGAGAAUAACAACAUUGGCAGACCUGGCAUUUAGCCAACCUUUUGAGUCAACAAACAAAUAUGUUUGUUGACUCAAAAGGUUGGUUACCACUGCUUCAACAGAUUCAAAUCCAAGGAUAACUAGGUAGAAAAUACUACAUAUGUAUCCACUGAUAACUGAAAUUUAGACUUAAUUUAUAUUUUUCAGUGAAGUAAUUAAUAACAGGCAAGAACAUUCUUAUUUUCAAGUUGUUGUAGAUAAGGAAUAUCAAAGCACACGUUGAGAUGAAUGAAUGUACAAGAUUGAAACGUACUUUGGUGAUAAUGCCUGAGAAGCCGGUGUUUGGAGGAAAUAUUGGCACGCGUGUUCGGCCCAAGACGAAGUGGAGACUGAGAAAUGCUGCCUGACUCUCUCUCGUCCCAACUCCAACACGUUCAUUACUAUGGGACAGUUGGAGAUCGAAUUUGAAUAUUGAAACAAUGUGGCAAAUGUCGGAGAGACAGACAGCAAUGUUCAUACAGAUCUCUGCUGUUGAAAACUAAAUGUUAGUCUUAAAGAAAUGUGAGAUGCUUUUUAGAGCGGAGAUCAAGAUUAUAUCUUCCCUGCCUGGGCUGAUGAGACAGUGGAUUGCGCAGUCAGAUGGAACAGAGUAAACAGGCAUUUUAACAUCAUACAUUUAGCUGGUGGAUACCUUCAUAUGAGACUGCUAUAUACACUGCUCAAAAAAAUAAAGGGAACACUUAAACAACACAAUGUAACUCCAAGUCAAUCACACUUCUGUGAAAUCAAACUGUCCACUUAGGAAGCAACACUGAUUGACAAUAAAUUUCACAUGCUGUUGUGCAAAUGGAAUAGACAAAAGGUGGAAAUUAUAGACAAUUAGCUAGACACCCCCAAAAAAGGAGUGAUUCUGCAGGUGGUGACCACAGACCACUUCUCUUCCUAUGCUUCCUGGCUGAUGUUUUGGUCACUUUUGAAUGCUGGCGGUGCUCUCACUCUAGUGGUAGCAUGAGACGGAGUCUACAACCCACACAAGUGGCUCAGGUAGUGCAGUUCAUCCAGGAUGGCACAUCAAUGCGAGCUGUGGCAAAAAGGUUUGCUGUGUCUGUCAGCGUAGUGUCCAGAGCAUGGAAGCGCUACCAGGAGACAGGCCAGUACAUCAGGAGACGUGGAGGAGGCCGUAGGAGGGCAACAACCCAGCAGCAGGACCGCUACCUCCGCCUUUGUGCAAGGAGGUGCACUGCCAGAGUCCUGCAAAAUGACCUCCAGCAGGCCAAAAAUGUGCAUUUGAAACAAUAUCCCACAAUCCAGGUGGGAACAAUGGAGAACUUAAGUAUGAUCCCCAAUUAGAGACAACGCUAAUCAGCUGCCUCUAAUUGGGAACCAUACCAAGCACACCAACAUAGAAAUAGGAAAACUAGAACACCCCCCUAGUCAUGCCCUGACCUACAACACCAUAGAGAACCAAGAGCUCUCUAUCGUCAGGGCUUGACAGUUAGUCUGAAGAGAGAGAGAGAGAGAGUUUCUAAUUGUUUUUUGUUGAUAUUGUUUUCUGUCUUCUCACUUUUGUUUGUUUAUUUAACUUGCUUUGGGAAUGUGAACACGUUUCUCAUGCCAAUAAAGCCUCUUUAAAUUGAGAGAGAA